UUCAAGGUCGACACUUCUGAUCUCAAAGGGAUUCACCAUACCAAACAUGAAGGCCUUCGCAAUCACCAAUCUUGCUGCCACUGCCGCCGUCUUGAUGGGCCUCCUCUCGCCCAUGGCCGCAGCAAGGUGCAUGAGAGACGAGGAUAUUUCAAAAGGGUUGACACCCGACCAAGCUUGCUCCGCACACGUGAAAACUUGCGGACCGAGCGAGUGCCCAAAAUGCGAGCAUAACACGUGCGUCUGCCUCGCCUGUACCAAGAGCGGUGGCGAUGCCGGUGGAAGCUUGCUGUUCGAGUAGCGGCUCCGCCUCGCGAAUGUUGGAGAGCAAGCCUAUGCUCACCUGGCCAAGAUGAUAUCUUCAGCUGCUUCAUUUGGACUCCUGACGUUGGCGUUGGACGAUGGUCAGGCUUGCGACGUGUUGGAUGUGAAGGAAUGUCAUCGUUUGGAGUGGUUGAUUGGUUUGGAAGGGCGUUUGUCUGGAGUACAUGUCUGGAGUACAUAUCUGGUCUCUCGUUCGGCCGGAAAUGCAAAGCAACUUUUCUUG